UUACCGUUCGCACUCAGUAUGUAAGAUGCUGGCACAAUGGACAGAGCAGCCAACAGAAAUCCAGAACAUGAGAGCCGUAUCAACGACGAUGCCAUUUUCGUAUUACACUAGCUGCUGAGCAAAAGCAAGCAGCGUUUCAAUAAACGAUGCUUCAGUGAUUAUACACUUGCAGCGUUUAACAACGAUUGUCAACGCAAAUUCGUAUUCCCGAUUCCCGAAUAAACAGAAUGAUAAAAAUUAUGCACCAUCUUCUCGUGUUUCACCGCAUGUUACAACCUGCUUGACAACACAACACCAGACUGGAGAAAGAAUCCGCUAACUGUUGAAAAUACAGUAAUUAGUUGGUGGUGACUUGGCAAAGCAAGCUGUAAGCAGCAAGAGUGCAGGCAGAAAGAAAGCAGGCUCAUUUCACUUCCAUGGAGACUUCAGUUCCAGCUAACAGCAUCGAUGUAGCGGAUUGUCCUGUCGAAACGGAAGAUCUCCCGGAGCAGGCUCAAUGGGAACGAGAAAACGCUGCGAUGCUGAAGGUCCGCCUGGAGAUCUGGCUGAACCGUAUGGUGGGGCGCAAUCAGCGUUUCAUCUGGUGGCUGACCAUCGCCAUGUCCGUACUGCCGCUAAGCCUUCAUGCAGCCAUUGAGUGCGUGUACGGCGGUGAUCCGCGUGCGCCGUAUCUCCUCCGACACAUGACGCCGUACCUUCCGAUGACCCUGGGCAUACUCUUCUUCACGGUCUUCACCCUGUUCCUCGUAAACUCCUUUAUGGAUCCGGGCGUUGUGCAGCCGUAUUUGCACAGCGAUCUGUUGCGGUUGGAACAACAACUGCGAAUUCGGGAGGGAAUGCACUAUGUAGCAGAAGCCUUCAUCGUCACCUCGGACAACCCCACCGAACGCGCAUCGGUGCGGCGUCAGAGCCAGUGGCUGGUCAACGGACAGACAGUGAUCACCGAGUUCUGCUAUCACUGUCGCCUGUACCAGGCUCCGCGGGUGCACCACUGUCAGCUGUGCGGACGAUGCGUUGAAAGGUUUGAUCAUCAUUGCCCGUGGCUGGACAACUGCGUGGGACUGCGCAAUUACCCCUACUUCAUCCUGAUGCUGAUUAUCCAUGGGGUCAUGUGGAUAGUCUGGAUCGCUUCUGUGAUCGUCCACAUCGUAAUGCGUUCUCUGGAACACUGGACAGGAAUUGUGUACCUCCCGGCGUGCCUUAUACAAAUAGGCAUUGGGAUAGCAAAUCUGCACUUUCUGUACGUCCUGUUAUCAUGUCAGCGGGAUCUGCUCAAACUGGGGCUGACUGUGCACGAAUUCAAAACGGACAAAUAUUAUAACCGGAGCAUGCAUCGUUUCCGUAGUCCCUUCGAUUGUGGAUCCUUGCGGAAAAAUAUGGUGGAGGCGUUCUGGAAACCGUGGCGACCUUUGUCCUAUCUGCCAAACCUGGCAGUUGAUUUAAUUACUCCCAACAAUUCGCCUCAGACUCCUUCUACCGGGAACCGGGGUGAUGCUACCAUAGCUCAAAAGAAACAAAAUGAGUCAAAGCUCGUUCAACCCAAGUUAACCAACCCAAGUUCAGUGGUGCAAUUGACUGCAAAGCUUGAUCAUGUAAUACUGAUCUAGCCGAUAAUGAUGUCUGCAUUCGAGUUUCUGAGGGGAAUAUUUGAUUUUAAAGGAGAGAUACAAUUAUCUACGAGUGCAUGGUACGCGUACUAUUCUUGUACUAGUACUCAGUACUUGUUUUUUUUACUUGACGAUACAUCCACCUGAACACAUUUCCGCUUGAUAUUGUUGACUAAUCCAUUGGUGGAAGCAUUUUCAGUUGCGAAGCCUUUCCUGAUUAACCCUAAGGGAUACAUUAUGUUUUUUUUGCCCUUGGAGUUCCCAAAUGUAAAGAACAGUUGGAAUACUUAGAAUAAAACGUUUUGGAUGAAGCUAACCAAAAGAAACGUUUAAUAUCCAAGUUUGUGAUUACUGUACUGAGUACUGUAAUAGUUUCAUAUUGAUAAUUAGACAUAUACCGGUACGAGCGAUGGUCGAUAAGGUCACCGCAUUACAUACUAUGCCCGCACGUGUUAAUGUUUUGCAGUGUUACUAUAAUACACGGUGCCACCGAAAAAAUUAGUUGUAAUAAGUACAUACGUUUUUCGGUAAAUUUGGCAAAGGUCAUGGGGAAAACCGUUUUCUGGUUGCUUGGAUAUGACUGCAACCCUUUUCUUAUUGUUUCGCAACCGGUGCAUCGUGCAGCUGAAUCAGUCUCGAUGGGAUGGUUUAGAGUUCAGUUGUAAUUUUGUCCACGUACUCCCAACACAGAAUCUGCGCUACAUUAACCUCGACACUGUUUCCCUGCUCAUGACUUUGACCAAACAACUGCGCAGCGGCAAAAAACUCGUCUUCUUCCGCACUUGCAAGGGUGAAAUGGUCUCGUUCGCGGCACGAAGUGGCAGUUGCGGCAAGAAAAAGCCAAGCUGCGGCAAAUCCAAGUCGAAGUCGAAAUGCGGCAGCAAGAAGCGCAGCCGAUCGAAGUCCCGCGGUUGCUCGCGUAAGGCUAAAAAGUCCUCCUGCAAGCCGAAGAAGUCCUCCUGCAAAUCCAAAAAGGUCAAGAAGUCCUGCAAACCCAAAAAGCGCUCCGGCUGCAAAUCCAAAUCCAAGAAGCGCUCGUGUGGUGCGCGUCGCAAGUCACGCUCUCGCUCUCGCUCUCGCUGCGGCGGCAUGAAGAAGUCCAAGAAAUCAUCCUGCCCUAGUGCCUGUGGAGCCGGAAUGUAAGCCGGAAAGUGAUGCCAUUCUUGACUGGAUGUUGUUAUCCUUAGCGUUUGGUUGGAGGAGUGACUGUUAAUUACUGCUGCUGGUUGUGAGGUUAAGUCGCAAAGAAUUUAGUUUGUAAUAAAUCGACACGGUAUUG